UACAAUGCUAUCCCUGCUAAAGAGAAAAAUGGAGAAGAAACGAAUCGGAUUAUUUGAGAGACAAGAGGCAGAGGGUCUGUUCCCACUCCACAAAGUCAAUAUGUUACGGAAGGGGCAGGAGGGUCACACAACAACUCCAUCGCUUCGCGAGGAGCGUCUGCUCCUUGGUCAUCGAAGGCUUGCAGGCCGAUGUGAUGCUUGAACUUUUUCUGGACGGAAGGCGACGUCAAAAAUGGUGCUCAGGGUCCCAGUCCGGGUGCGAGGACCACCUGAGCGACUUGUCUAUGAUCCAAUUGCAGUCGGACGACACGAACGUCGCAAAGGCGCGGGGACACGAGGCACAGCCCCUUCUUCUGUCACACUAUUGCCCUCUUCACUUUGGGUGGAGCCGUUGGGGGCAUGCCCACCUGAAUUUGAUACUUAACUCUGGUGCGCUGCCGGACAUUAGGCGCGGCACGCUGAUUACCGUAAGGACCAACGUCGGCCAUGGUGGUCACUCCCAAAAGUCGUAUUUGGCCGUAAGCCACCGACCCAGGGUGAACAGCACCCAAGAAGUUAGCAGAGUCAAUAUGAGCGAGAACACAAGCAACGAUGCAGACACAGAAUCCCCUACCCGACCUGGUGGGGUUUGGGGUUUGGAAGCAAACAGAAGCAAAUGGAAUCGAGGGCGAUAUAAAUAGAUGAAGGUGACACUAGAACUUGGUUAGGAACAGAAUGUAGGGACGCGAAAGUGGAGGCAAAUUCAGCCGCAAAUAAGGAGGAUCCUACAGUCUUGCAACACAUGCCUAAACUGCAUGUAAACUAGCGGAAAAGCAGUGUUUUUGGAUACUUCAUUGAUGUAUCAGAGCAGUUUUAUGUACUUUUGAGUAACGAAAAAAUUUGCUCAAAAAAAUUGGCAGUGAAUUAGAAUGUGAUCACGUG